ACUGCUAGAAAAAACCAUGGAUUCUCAACAAGAGCUGAUUCAGCCAUUAAUCCUGAAUUACUCCAUGCAUGAUCAGCUGCCAUCCUCACCCGAGUCAUCAGAAGCCAGUCAUGGCCACGUCCAUGAGGUGGACUCUAGACUCGAGAAAGUUUUGGCAGGGAGCCAGCUGUCAUUUUUCAAGCGUCUCCUACUGGCCUCAUGGAUUGAACUGAGGCUCCUCUACUGCCUGGCAGCACCGGCUGUUUUUAUUUACCCGAUCAACAAUGUCAUGUCCGUAUCCACACGCGCCUUCUGUGGCCACCUAGGCAAUCUUGAGCUCGCCUCCGCUUCUCUUGCCUUCAGCGGCUUCCACGUCUUUUCUUUUGGCCUCAUGCUAGGAAUGGGAAGUGCUGUAGAAACUCUAUGCGGACAAGCUUAUGGGGCCCUUAGAUAUGAUAUGUUAGGCCUCUAUCUUCAAAGAUCAACCAUUGUCCUUACUCUAACGGCGAUCCCACUGACGGUGGCCUAUGUCUUGUUCAAGCCAAUCUUGAUCUUACUAGGCGAACCGAUGGAGGUUGCAUCUGUGGCUGCUGUUUUUGUCUAUGGUUUGAUCCCACAAGUCUUUGCUUACGCUGUGAACUUCCCCAUACAAAAAUUCCUCCAAUCUCAAAGCAUUGUGACUCCGAGUGCGUUCAUAUCAGCGGCCACGCUUGGGGUGCACCUUCUGCUGAGUUGGCUGGCAGUGUACAAGCUGGGUUUGGGUUUGAUAGGUGCAUCUCUGGUGCUCAGCUUGUCAUGGUGGAUCAUAGUGAUGGCCCAAAUCGUGUAUAUCUUGAUGAGUGACAAGUGUAAUCUUACAUGGUCUGGGCUCAGUUUACAGGCCUUUUCCGGGCUAUUGGAUUUCUUUAAAUUAUCGGCUGCUUCGGCCGUGAUGCUGUGCUUAGAGACGUGGUACUUCCAGUCACUGGUAUUGGUUGCUGGUUUGCUGGAGAAUCCUGAGCUUGCAUUGGAUUCUUUUUCUAUCUGCAUGGCUAUAUCUGGAUUGUUUUUCAAUGUUUCAGUUGGGUUCAAUGCAGCUGCAAGUGUUAGGGUCAGCAAUGAGCUGGGAGCCGGGCAUCCCAAGUCGGCGGCAUUCGCAGUUGCCGUUGUGACUUUGGUUUCCUUCCUCGUUGCUGUACUGGAAGCUGUUGUUGUUUUAGCUCUACGGCAUGUAAUAAGCUAUGCAUUUACGGAAGGUGAGACCGUGGCAAAUGAAGUGUCGGACCUAUGCCCGUUCUUGGCUGUCACUCUUAUUCUUAAUGGGGUUCAACCUGUCUUGUCUGGGGUGGCUGUUGGAUGUGGAUGGCAAGCAUUUGUAGCAUAUGUAAACGUAGGAUGCUAUUACGCGGUUGGGAUCCCAUUGGGCUGUGUUCUUGGCUUUAAGUAUGACCUUGGUGCUAAGGGAAUAUGGUCCGGGAUGAUAGGAGGAACAUUGAUGCAAACCAUUGUAUUGUUGUGGGUGACAUUUAGAACAGAUUGGAACAAAGAGGUGGAGAAAGCAAGGAAUAGAUUGGACAGAUGGGACGUACCUGCAAUGCAUCAAAAUUAAAGAAAUGGAUGGGAAAUUGAUCGACUCGCCUCAAUAAGCCAUCAACAAAUUGCUGAUGAUAACCAUCAAGCCCUGACAACCCAGACGACCAUUAUCAAAUGGUAGCUGACAACUUGCAGUUCUGAAAAUUUUUCAUGGGCCAUAUAAGUCUUGAAAUAAGGUUGCUUACUGAUUCCAAUCAUAUAAAUAUGGUUGA